AUGGAUCCGCAGUUUGAUGUUACGAGCGUGCUGGGCGUCGCCACCAGCAGCGCAAGGCUCGCCGGCGCCCUGUACGAUGUCUCGAGCACCUUGAAAGCCGCCAAGAAAGAUGUUCAGCUCGUUGCGGGCGACUUUAGAACUUUUGCCGCGAUCCUUAGGACUGUGCACCGCAGCUUGGCCAAUGCGAACAGGCGAGCGCAGCACUCCGCCGUUGUGAUAGGCGCCGGUGAAGUUGUCCGUGGCCUCGUGGACGGGAUCAAAUCGAUGUAUGAGGAUGCCUACGAGCUUCUGGCUUCGCUGGAGUCCAUGAAGAACGACGGGUCUCUGGCGUUGCGAAUCCGGGCUCGCUUCGCCAAGGCUCGAUGGCUGUUCCAGAAGUCGAGAAUAGAGGUCUUGAGCGGCCGUUUGAAGAGUUUCCAAGCCAGUUUGCAUCUUCUCGUUUCAACCGUCGAUCUCGAGGUCGCGCUGGAGGAUAAGUUUCCGCCGGAUCUCGUGGAGGCUUUGAAGGCCGAGAAGGACAUCAACUUCAAGCUGGCAGAGCUCCAGAAUAGGGAUCUCACCGCGACUUUGAAAGAGGCGGAGGGCAUGCAGACAGAGGCAAGAAAGUUGAUAAGUCGAAGCAGCCUCCUCUUGGGCCUUCCAGCACUGCGGGCAUGGCCCCUAUUGGACUCGAAGCCACAGAAAGCCGUGUUGCAGCUGGCAUUGAUUCGGUCUGGGACAGCGGCGCACUGUGAUCAGAGACCGCGACCCUCUGCCACUUCUGUUCUUCCUCCUGUUCGAGAUCAAGCAGCCGUUCGAAACCGGGCUUCAACUGCCGGUCACGGUGUGGCGAGCGACCACGCUCCCGAGGACCUGGUGGAUGGGAGAUCAAGAGCCGCCGGCCGCGGCGACGGGAGAUUAUAUUUCGACUGGGAUGAAGACGGCCCUGAGAUUUCGCAGCACGUGCUGACCGCACCGCCGUAUUCUUGA